UUUAGUGUUUGGUGGGUGGGCAAAAUGCUCAAUGACUUUCGAAGCUCCCCAUUUUCUUCACUUACGAGUACGACCCUCAGUUUUUCCCAUAUCUCAUACCUCUUCGUUUUCCCAUCUCUACUUUUCUUCUGAGCAACCCUAAUCUUUCCUUCUGCCAACUCAAUUAAUUCUCAAAGUUACUCCCCCUAAUCUCUUCUCUCAUUACAGCAGGAAUUGACCCAAUCCCUCCCCCCCUCCCUCCCCGCCGCCUUUUUUUUCCUCAUGCGUGAUUUAGGAGAUCACUGUGCUGCCUCUAUUGACAGCUUUGACGAUCGGUAGCCAACAUCUGUAAUCUUUCUGGUCUGUAAUUUCCUAUGUCAAAUUGUGCUUUCUGUAGAUCUACACUCUAAUCAUUUCUUUCUGCUUCAUUAAUUGUUGAAUUGAUGCUUAAUGUAAUUCGGAAUUAUAAACAGCUUAAUUGUUCUAUUGCUGUCUUUUGUCUUUUUUGUAAUUGGGGUAGGGGAAAGGGGGGAAAGGGGGAAGGGGAGGGGGAUUACAAGGUUGGGAAUCGAAUACUGACCAACAAAGUGAAAGUGAAAGUUCAGAUGGAUGCAAAUUCAGAUUCUGUUUCAUCAGAAUUGUCUGAUUCUUCUCUGCUUGGCCACAUGAGUAACAUUUUGGCUGUUGGCCAAACUGGACUUGCUCCUUCAUGUGCUUUAUGUCAUAGAUUGUUGAUAUCAGAUAAUGAGGCUGGUGAGUUAGAAGCAAUAAAUAUAUGUGGUGAUUGUAAAUUCUUACUCCUGGAGGAUCUUGGGACACCCAUGCGAGAUUAUCAAAGAGGGACACCUGUGUCGAGCAGAAGGUUGUACAGCAAUUCUGAGUCAAUUGAGACUCUCUUUUCUCAUCAUUUCUCGCAAAUGAUUAAUCUGGCAAGGCAAAGCCCAGCCAAUGGUCUAGAGCAUGAUAAUCAAUCAAUAGAAGGAGACGUUGGGUUAAGGUCAGUGCAGCGCACCAGUACCCGGAUCACUCCAAGUGGAUCUAGGAGGUGGAGGAGGGUUCAUUCUGACACUGAAAGUGAUGGUGUUGAUUCUCUCUUUGGGGAGACUGAAUCAAAUGUCACCUACAGUGGAUAUAGGAACUUUAAUAGUGAAAUUGAGUCCAUUUCUUAUAGUGCUUAUGGAGGGAACUCUGAUGCUUCUGUUGAUGGUAAUAGUUACCUUGAUAAUGAUCACUCUUUUCACUCAGAUGAAGGAAGUGACUUCGAAUCCGAUAUUGAUAUUGAUCCAAUGCAUGCUGGUAUGUAUCACUGGAACCCUGAUAAUGAGGAAGAAGAUGAAGAUGAUAAUGAAUGGGAGGAGGUUGAUACUGAUGCAGUACAUUCUGUGGGUUCUAGAGCUCAGCUUCAAAGGUCAUUACACCUAAAUCAGAGCAGUCACGCUGGAAAUUGGUACAGACAGUUUCAUUCUCCCGAAUUUCACGGUACAGUUCGUUUCAGAAUUCCUGAUGGCGGUCAAAGACUUGUUAUUGACAUGUCAGCGAACUCACAGGAGUUGGAACUACAGACUGAUGCCAGUGACUAUCUUGAUACUAGAACUUUCGAGGAGUUACUGGAGCAUUUCGCUGAAACAGAUGGUUUAAGAAGAGGAGCACCACCUGCAGCUGUAUCUGUUUUAAAUGAUCUGCCAUGUUUGGUUGUUAAAGAAGACCACGAACAGCUUGACAAUUUGUCUUGUGCAAUCUGCAAGGAUUCUCUUUUUGUUGGCACCGUAGUAAACCGACUUCCUUGUUCUCACUUGUAUCACCCCUCCUGUAUUUUGCCUUGGCUAGUGUCAAGAAACUCGUGCCCACUGUGCCGCUAUGAACUUCCAACUGAUGAUCUGGAUUAUGAGUACAGAAAGCAGAGGGCCAGUAGUAAUUUGGUGAUUCAUGGAAUCCCACAGCAUGAAAUAAAUGAAGAUGCAUCUUUGGAUAGCAGUGAUGGUGAAAAUGAUGAAUUUGGUUACAGUAUGACGGAAUCAGGGGAAGUGAUCCAUAAUGAGGCUGUCAAUGAACAAUCUGGUAGUGCAGGUGCACGAGGAAGGUGGUUUCUUGGAGCUGCUGCUCCUGUUGUUGGUGUUGUUGGAGUUGUUCUGAUGUUGUGGUUAGGAAACCCAUUGAUGGAUAGGAGCCUUAGUCUCCCUAUUUUCUGUUCACAAGGGCGACGUACCAAUCAAUCUUUGCUCUCUCAGCAGGUUAAUAACCGAAGCAGGAGAUGGUGGUCUCUGUCUUAACUUUUUAUUUGUCUGUUUUAACAUGUUUCUGAUCAUCAGAUGUAGAUUCACAAAAUUAGUAAAGAAACCUAUUCAAGGCACCAUUUAGGCCUUAUGUUGUUAACGCACCUGUUUGUAUUUAGAUUUUGCCAAACUAUCUCAGAAGCUCACUCUGCCCUUGGAUAAAUCAGGGUAGCUUAGGUGACCUCGGUUGACAUGGUAAUUUGUAUGUACUAGUUGAUUUGCUUUUAGCAUUUCCGUUAGUACAUUCCCCACCCAAAAUUUGGACAAAUUCUGAGGGCUCCACAUCCAGUGGUUCACUAACUUUGAGCUGUUAUGUACUCUAUUCGUUUCGGAAUAAGUGAAUUGUUGGGGUA